AGCGGACGAGGCUUUAUAAAUCGCGAGGAUGUUCGCCGGUGCCGAACCAGUGACACCUCGACUGCGAUCGAUCGUACUGGUACUGCCGAUUCGACGAAUUCGCACGAUAUCCACGUGUUCGUCGCGAACCGAUUCGCGAGUGUUCAGUUUCAUCAACAUACGGCAGACAAGGUUUUCCAAGAAGCUUAAUACAUGUUAUAGAGUGCUUGAAUAAAAAAGUAUAUAAACCAAGAACGUGCAACAGAGGAAAUCUCGUGGAUACAACUAGUUUCGAUCGGAAGACUAUCAGCGAGGAUCGAUCUGUCUGGAGAAGUUACUUCGUCGUAAACGUAACCGAUGGUAUUUCAAAUGAGGAUGCAGCCAGGAGUGACGGUGGUUCUGGCCACGGUCUGGCUGGCGGUGUACGUGAAUGUGGUGGGGACAGUUAGCCACUAUCCCUCCCGCCUUACCCUCGAUCAAUACACCCCUUUGCCCCCGCAGUAUCAGCAACACGAAGUUUAUCGAAGAGUCGAGGGCCAACCGGACUGGAAGGAUCAGAAUCCUGGCGAGAAUCAGUCGUUCGACCUUUCGAUCGGCCCGCGAAGGUUGAUCUCGGCAAACACCACUAAUGGCUCCCAGAGACAAUCCCACGGGACCGAAUAUCUCAAAAAUGACUUACUGCUCCGCCGACCAAAGAAUAGAGCCGGUGACCAUUUUUCACCUUUAGUCGAAGAUAAGCAGCCGCGUAAUUUUGCCGGUCAAGAGUUCACGGAUGAAAAAGUUGAUAGUAGAGACUCAAAAGAUUUCGAAUCAACGCCGCGUGAGCUGUCUCCUCCGUCCGAAUUGGAGGACCCUUUUGUAGCCGACGACACGUUCCAAGAUCAAGGACCAGGCUCCGUAGAAAUAUACAAAUUGGACGUAUUCCGCGUGAAGCCUCUGUUGAGCCCCACGCCUGUUACGAGAUUCCCAUCGAAAGGGAAAAGCAAAACACCUAAAAAGACUAGCUACGAGAAUUGGAAGUCUAAAACGCCCGAGUACAAAGCUACUAGUUUGAAUAUACUUCACAAACAGUCCAACUCGUUCGAUGACUUUAGUACAGAGAUCCCAGCAAAUACGGACCCAUUUAGCAUAGGAGGAGUGCCAGAGUUACAGGUGGGUUGUGAGGGAUUGGAGGCACCUGAUCACAGCAGAGAGAAAAGAUCGAUAGACUCCCCCGGUAAAGAUAAGAAUCCAAAGGAGGUGGAUCCGUGGGCGGAUGUAACACCGAUAUCCUUGAACCUGGACUAUGAGCUGUCUGGCGAGGAAGACUAUGAAGAGAUGGACGAGCUGCUAAAGCUAAAGAAAUUGGAGACUACCACGAAGAGGAUCAAGCAUAGUAGAGGCGACAUGGACGCGACUAUUCAUUCGGAUUUUCACAAGGACAAAGGACGCACUGAGAAAUUACCUGUUCGCGGAGACUUGGGCAAGUCUAGCGUGAGCAAUGAGUCGACCAUCUUGUCGGAUGACCAAAAAAAUCGAAAGACGGAAGAAAAGAAGGUGACUGCCGAGGUUUCGCAUUUUAAUAAAGGAAAGCGAGACGACUACCGUGUGACGAGGUCCGUCGUUGACGAGACGUUGAGAGAUAAUCAUCGUCGUAAGAUAUUGUGGUUCGAAGAUUCUGACGUUGAACAGUUGGAUAACAAAAACGGGAAACGUACUAAACGUCUUUGGGGUUUCGGAGAGGACGAAGGGGUAGCGACUAGCGAUGAGCUGCAGACAGUGAAUCAGCGACGAAAAUUGAAUUAUGCGGAAAGAAAAAGAGAAGAGGAGAAGAGGAAACAGGAAGAAGAACGAAGAAGAAGAGAAGAGGAGUGGAGAAGACGGCAGGAAGCGCAGAGGCGAAAUUAUAUCAAAAAUCAAACAAAUUCUGACAUAGAAAAUAUCAGGAACGGAUACGAGAAAAUGUUGGAGCAGAGAGAGAGAGAAGAAAAAGAAAGAAGAUGGCGAUUGCAGCAGUCAAACAGGUGGCAUCUGGAGGAAGAACAAAGACGACGUUUACAGGAAGAAGAGUCAAGAAGAAAUCGAUUGGAGGAACAACGUCGAAUGCAAGAACUAGAAACUCGUAGAAGAUACGACGAGUCUCCGACACAGACUCCUACUUACGAUGGGGAAAGAGAAAGAGAACGACAGCAAGCAGAAGAAAUAAGAAGACGAGAAGAAAAUCGUCUAAGAGAAGAAGAACGUCAACGAAGAUUACAGAAAGAAGAAUUACGUAGGAGAGAGCAGAAUAGGUGGGUGGAAGAGAUGAAGCGAAGACAGCAAGAACAGGAUAGAAGAAGCUUAGAAGAAAGGAGAAGAGAGUGGAUGUUGAAACGUAAACAAGAGGAAGAAGAACAGAGAAAAAGACAUCAGCAAGACAGAAACGAACCAUCUAAUUUGUUGUACUCUCCGCGAAAUAGUCCGAACGCAAAUAAACUAUACGAUCCAGAAACAGAAAGACGAAUGAGAGAACAACAGGAAAAAGAACAUCAGCAAAAAUUAGAUGGAUAUAUUCAACGUAAUCGACCAAUCAACUUAAACAAAUCAAUAGAUCGACAAAGAGAAGAAGCGAACAGAUGGAAGCAGGAGGAGGAGCGACGAAGACUCGAAGAAGAACGUAAGUUACAGGAUUACAUUCGAAGAAAUCAACCAGUGCGUGUUCCGGAAGAGAACGAAUCAUCUGAUAAAAUCUGGAUGGAGUAUAGAAGGAAAUUAGAAGAAGCUAGACAAUAUAAUCGGCCGAGAUAUCCAGGUCCAGAGACCGGGAGAAGAAAUCAUGGUCCAUUAGCACCGACAAAUAUCGAUCCACGAGCUUACAAUGAUGCGAGAAGAAAAGCAACUAGAACGAUCGAAGAGGAAGAAGAGGAACGACAGAGACAGCAACAAGAGCAGCUGAGGAAAGAAGCUUUGAGGCGAGAAGCAGAGGUUAGAAGGAUACAAUCGAGAAAAUACGAGGAGGAACGAAGGAGGAAAGAAGCAACAAUGUUAGAAGCGGAGAGAAAUGCGAAAGUGCUGCGGGAAGCGGAGAUCAGAAGAAAUCAAGCUGAAAGGACAAGACUAAGCCAUGAGAAUCGUAGGCGAUUCGACGGGCAUAGAAGUAGACACGACACGAGUCUUAUUCCAGCCAAUUUACUUUUGGAUGACUCCAGGAGAGCUAUGGAGAGACAGAGACAGCAAAAGACAAAGGAGCAAGAGGAAAGGCAACUGGAAGCUGAAAGGCGAAGAGCAAAGGAAGCAAGGGAGAAGGAGGAACGCGACAGGGUCAUGAAAGAGCAUCGGAGACGGCAGGAAGAGGCUAGGCUGAACGCGUUGCCUGUGAGCGCAAGCAUAAUAGUCCAACCCGUGGUACCUAACGUGUUAUCGAGAACGGGUUUCGAUAUCGACAUGCGACUUGAUCCGUAUCACGAAGGGGUGAAAGUGCCAAACUUUCCAGCACCACCAACUCGACAGCCACCUGCACAAAGUCCUUCUCCCUGUGUUUGGGCGGUUGUUCAAUGCUGUCCAUCGAAAACCAAUCGUCUAGUUACCUGUUUCGAAUCCAUGGGUUGUCCGGGUAUUAACUGGGACCCUAACCCAUGCAAAGUUUCCAUUAUACAAGCCGCUAAGCAGCAGGUGGCGAACUUUUACGCUCAGCUCGAGGAAGAGGAUUUUUAUUAAUGGAAACACGUGGAAUAUGGAAUGUACCAAGUUCCAAGGUUUUAUUUUAUCCAAAUAUCUUUUGAGCAUCGAUUACAAGAAAUUGUCUCUAGUUUUUUAAGAAACUGAAGGGAAUUACUGUGAGUGGAUCGAAUAAUUAAUAACAACUUUAUAUGCAGGAUUAAUUAUGUAAAAAAAUCCUAUUGAUGGAAAUCUUAAUAGUUGGUAAAUAAUAGGUAUAUCGAUAAUUAUAGAUAUUUUAUCUUUAAUUGAUAAUAGAUAUAUUUCCUUUCAUUUUAGUUCUUUUGCAAUACCAUUGGCUUAGGAAGUCCAUGAUAAAUUCAAUACGUAGGAUAUUUUGUAUAAAAUAAAGUUUGUUCUUCCUAGUCUAGAUUUACGUUUAUACCUGCAAAUGAAAAUAGUGGAUAAAGAAAUUUUGUGGAAAUAAGUUUGAGUUGAACAUUUAGAUGAUUAUUACUGUUAGAAAAUUUGAGAAUUUUUAAAACUGAAUCUACAGAAUAUUUUAUUAUAAUUAAUUGCAAUUAUAAUUAUAGUAAAACAAAAUAUCGUCGAUUAUACCGAACUGUUUUUCAAAUUUUUAAUGAUAUAAAACUUCCUCCAAAUCUGUUGACAUGACAAUUUAAUUUUACAAAGGUACCUUCAUAAAAAAAAAACAAAUUAUUUUAUUUCAUUUGACCAAAUUGACAAUUUCAUAUUUCUUAAGUUUGUCAAAUAUGUUGACAUGUUCAAUGUGCAUUAACAUAUACACCAAUAUACACUUCUAUCAAAUAUAUGAAUAUAUACAAAAUUUAUGUUUAUAAUUAUAUUAGAAUAUUCAGCUUCUUCGAUCCACUCAAUUAUUCAAUGUGAAAUAACUCGUAGCACAUUGCAAGAAGAGCCUGUUCUUCUUUGUUCUCGUAUUCUUAGAUCGUAAAUCCUAUCUAUAAUAUAGUUAUAUUAUAGAUUCGGUAUUUUUCUACUCGCUUCUUUAGAUCGUCGUUAACGAUGCAUGAUAGCCUUUUUAAAUAUAACAAAGCGAACAAAUGCGCCAAGAGUUUCGAAACCGUGCACUGUGUUCUUGCGAAAUCGAUGGAUCAGAAAUUUUGCGAUGGUUGCAAUCACUUCAAAUAUUUUCUGAGUAUUGCAAUUGUUCCAAGUUAAGUUUAAUAACAAAAAAUAGUAUAAUAUUGUAUUAGGUACAAAUGAUUCUUUGCAAAAGCUCCAAACGCAAAAUGUAAAAGCAAAGAGAGAAAUAAGGAUGCCCCAGGUUUCUAAACGAAACAAAUCUAUAUAAUAUAUUCUAUAAGAAAAACUAAGUAAAAAGUUUUAUAGAAUCUAUAGCUCAUAAAUAUUUAUUAAAAAGUUAUAACUGAAAUACAAAGUAAUAACCAAUUUUCCUUUAAUUGUUUAAAUCUGGUAAUUAAUCGAACAUUACUCUUGCCAUCAACCUAACCCAAAAUCAGUAGAUCAGAUUAUAUAUAUAAUUCUACUUAUAUGGAAUUUAAAAACAUAUUUUCUAUGAUGAGAAUUAGUAAUUAGUAGAAUUAAUUCAAAAAUUAAUGUAUAGAAUUCAUAAUGCAUUGACUGAAAUUUAGAGAAAAUUAGAAAAAAUUGUCAAUGUAAAAAAUUUUGUUUUUGCAUUUUUAUUUAGAAUUAGUGAAAAUAUCAAGUACAUGAAUAUCACUAAUCUGUUUCUCUUUUUUAUCAAACAGGCAGUCAGUCGAUUGUUAUUUUAUAUUUCUUUAAUAAUUUUUUAAUGAAGCUUUCAUGAACAUCUAUGUUUAUAUGACAUUUUUCUCUCCUCAUUACUUCGUUUUGCGGACAAAACUUGAAACAUCUAUAUAGAGUUUCGAACGCCACUUAGAAAUUUUUCUCGCAAUUAAAAAUUAAAAACAAAAUCUUCAGAGAUUUUUAAUUAUAGGACAUAGCGUUGGAGUAUUUGCUGGGGAUACUUAACAGAUCUAACGAAAGCAAUGAAAAGUUUCGUAACCCAUUGAAGAUCAAAAAAUUAAAUAAUAUAUGAAAGUUGAGUAAGCGCAACAUUACUAGUAACCAGAUGUGCAUAUAAAGUAAAUCUUUGUGCUAUCAAGAGAAUUACACAAAGAAUAUAUUAAAGUAAUAGAUACAAUAUAUUACAGAAACCCAUUACUCAAAUCGGAGGUAGAAAAAGGAUUUUUAUAAUUGACAUAAAUAUUUCUUUAUCAUAGUGAUACAAAAUACAUGAAUUUCAUAAAAUGAAAUUAUGAAUUAUGACUUUUCAUAAAAUUGUAGAAUCCAUAUGGAAGGAGAAAUAUUCGGUUCGAAAAAUUUGCAGCGUUUUUAUUAUGAAAUUCUAUCAAAUAAUAAAAUAUUCCCAAAAAUACUGCCCUUAGUUAGAUACUAAAGAGAAUUAGGGAGAAACAUAAAAAAUUCGUUAAUAAAACAGGUUUCCUUUUUCAGUAAGACAAUGUUAAACUUUAUAAAUCCAAGAAAUUUUGAAUCAUAGCUGAAACGAAUUAUAUAAUAUAUUUUACAAUUAUAUAAUCUAUAUCUGUAUGAAUAUAAUAUACUCUCAUUAUUAUUUA